AUGUACAUCCACUUCCUGGUGGUUCAGGCCAAAGUCAAGAACAUCAAGUAUGAAGAAGGAUCUGAGACAGACCCGCACUGGACUCUAGAGACCAGGAAGAUAGUGGAGUCUCUGGGAAAACUGGCCUUUGAGCAGCUCUGUGGUCACCUGGUCCUCCGCUUCCUCCUGGGUCUUUCACUGUCGACCAAUCAGAGCCUUCUACAAGGUCUGCUGACACAGACAGGAAGUAGCUUACAGACCAAUCAGAAAACAGCUGAGUACAUCAAGAAGAAGCUGAGUGAGGAUGUAUCUGCAGAGAGGAGCAUCAACCUGCUCCACUGUCUGAAUGAACUAAAUGAUCGUUCUCUGGUGGAGCAGAUCCAACAGUACCUGAGAUCAGGACGUCUGUCUGAAGGUCGACUGUCUCCUGCUCAGUGGUCAGCUCUGGCCUUCAUCUUACUGUCAUCAGAAAAAGAUCUGGACCAGUUUGAGCUGAAGAAAUACUCUGCUUCAGAGGAGGUUCUCCUGAGGCUGCUGCCAGUGGUCAAGGCCUCCACCAAAGCUCUACUGAGCAGCUGUAACCUGUCAGAGAGAAGCUGUGAAGCUCUGUCCUCAGUCCUCAGCUCCCAGUCCUCUAGUCUGACAGUCCUGGACCUCAGUCUCAAUGACUUGAAGGACUCAGGGCUAAAGAUGUUGUGUGUUGGACUGAAGAGUCCUUACUGUAAACUGGAACAGCUCAGACUGUCGGGUUGUCUGCUCUCAGAGGAAGGCUGUGCUUCUCUGGCCUCAGCUCUGAGGUCCAACCCCUCCCAUCUGAUAGAACUGGACCUCAGCUACAACCAUCCAGGAGACACAGGAGUAAAGCUCCUGUGUGCUCUACAGGAGGACCCCCACUGCACACUGGACACUCUCAGACUAUGA